UUCAGAACCACAGAAAUCGAAAUACCCCGACGCUGUCUCUCUCGCUCAAAUCAAGAAAAAUCACUCUCCCUCUCUUCUCUAUUUUCUUCCACUGUGAAUCUCUCUCUCUCUUUCGCUCUCUGUAAAACCCCUUCGAAACCCUAAUCCAACUCUCGCCGUCCUCUCCGGCGAUUCGCCCCUUUCAGUUUCAGAUUACUCGGCUUCGCGCUGCCACUACCAGUUCUUCUCGCUACCCGUACAAUUUAUGGCUGAAGCUGAUAAACUCUAUGGGGAACUUGAUGGAGGUGAAGUACCUGUGACCGUGGCUGAAAUCAAUGCCGAGAUUGAGAAUGCAGAGCCGCUGGUAGAUGACCAGGCUACGGCACUAGACCCGGCUCCGGAGCUGACAGAGGCCGAUGUACAGGGGUAUGAACAAGAGCAUGGAGUGACAUUUGCACAAGAACAAGAAGAUGCACUUGCACAGUUCCGGGCACAGGAGCAGGAAGAGGCACUGGCCCAGUUCCAGGCACAGGAGCAGGAAGAGGCACUGGCCCAGUUCCAGGCACAGGAGCAAGAAGAGGCACUGGCCCAGUUCCAGGCGCAGGAACAAGUAGAGUUACCGGUAGAAUUGCAAGGGGAAGAGGCGCAAUUAUCUGAACAGAACCAAGAGCGUCACGAAGAUGCUGCUGCCAUUGGUGGAGGCGAGAAGAAGUGGCCUGGAUGGCCCGGAGAGAGUGUUUUCCGGAUGCUGGUUCCUGCGCAGAAGGUUGGCAGUAUAAUUGGACGGAAAGGAGAGUUCAUUAAGAAAAUAGUUGAGGAGACGAGAGCUCGCAUUAAAAUUCUUGAUGGACCCCCAGGAACGACUGAAAGAGCCGUAAUGGUUUCUGGUAAGGAGGAGCCUGAUUCUUCUCUUCCCCCUGCAAUGGAUGGCCUUUUGAGGGUUCACACGCGUAUUAUUGAUGGUUUGGAUGGUGAUUCAUCUCAUGCUCCACCGGGCACGGGUGGCAAAGUCUCUACAAAGCUGCUGGUUGCAGCUUCACAGGCAGGAAGCUUGAUUGGGAAACAGGGAGGAACUGUUAAAUCCAUUCAAGAAGCAUCUAACUGCAUAGUUAGAGUUCUUGGAUCAGAAGACCUACCGAUUUUUGCUCUUCAAGAUGACAGAGUGGUUGAAGUAGUGGGUGAAGCUGUUGGUGUGCACAAAGCAAUUGAACUAAUUGCAUCUCAUCUUAGGAAGUUUUUAGUUGACCGCAGUAUAAUUCCAAUAUUUGAAAUGCAUAUGCAAAUGGCAAAUCCUCAGAUGGAACAUGGGCCACCUCAUCAAAAUUGGGGUCCACCUCAAGGUCAUCCCCACAAUGCUGAUCAUGGGGGUCCUGGAUUUGGGCCACCUAAUCCCCAAUACAUGCCACCUCCUCGGCAACAUGACAAUUACUAUCCACCAACUGACAUGCCUCCACCAAUGGAGAAACAGCCUCAUCAUGGUAUAUCAGCUUAUGGAAGAGAAGCCCCAAUGGGUGUCCACCAGUCAUCAAAUGCUCAAGCCGCACCAGGAAUGGUAACACAGAUCACCAAGCAAUUGCAAAUUCCGCUGUCAUAUGCUGAUGCUGUUAUUGGCACAGCUGGUGCAAGUAUAAGCUAUAUUCGACGAGCUAGUGGGGCGACUGUUACGAUACAAGAGACUAGGGGUGUACCUGGGGAGAUGACUGUUGAAAUCAGUGGAAGUGCUCCCGAAGUUCAAGCAGCUCAACAACUGAUACAGAAUUUCAUGGCAGAUGCUGGAGCACCGCAGCCAACACCAACUCCUGGCUCUGUGGACCAAGGUUAUAACAACUAUGCCACUCACGGUUCAGUUUAUGCAUCUCCCCCAUCUAAUCAAGGACACGCAGGACAGCACGGCGGCUAUGGCUCAGUCUAUGGCUCGCAUUAUGGGUACUAGACGGGAACCUCUACUAGGCUAAAAUUGUUUAUCUGUGUGAAUUGGUCAAUGACAAAAUAGUUUCUUUAGGGCAGUUGUAUCGUUGUACUGUGGGUUCACUUUUGAAACUUUGAUUUUGAACUAGUUAAUGUCAGAUUUUCGGUGUUGAUUAGGCUGGCUAACCGUAGGGUUGAACCGAUUUACUCUGAACUUGCCUUGUUCUUAAUUAAUGGACAUGCUCUUGUUAGUA